AUGACAGUCCACAUUCCCGACGGUUUCCUCCCCCCAGAGCCACCGCCAAAUGCCUAUCUCCAGAGGAUCGAUUUCAUGACCACCGAUCCUCCCAUGCCAGAAUACAACAACAUGUUUGCCGCCGUCGUGCACAACCUCCUGACGGAGUCGGAAUGCCAGGAGCUGCUGCGCCUGGCUGAGGCCAGCACCCUCACCUCGGACAACCAAACGCCAACCUGGGAGCGCGCCAUGAUCAAUGCCGGCGGCGGACGGCAGAUCCUGGCGGUCGACAGUCGCAACUGCGGAAGGAUCAUCUUCGACUCGCCGGAGCUGGCGCAGAGGCUGCUGUACCGCCUGAUGCCGUUUUUCCGCGAGAGCGGCAUCGACCGGCUGGAGAAGCGACCCCUUGUAACGGGGCUGGGCCCUGCAAGAAGGGGGGAAGUUCUCCAGCUCUCGCGGCUCAAUGAGCGGCUUCGGUUUCUCAGGUACGAGGGCGGAGAGUACUUCCGCCCGCACUGGGACGGGAUGUACGAGACGGACGACGGCCUGGAGCGGUCGUACUUCACGGUCCAUCUCUAUCUGAACGGGGAGGGCGAGCAGGACCUCGAGGAGCUGAAGAAGGCGUAUGAGGAGAAGAAGAAAAAUGGCACCGUCGAUCGAGGCUCUCCCGAUGCAAAACUUCUCGGCGGCGCAACGUCGUUUGUCGAUACUGACAAGGACGACAGGGCAGUGCGCGUCUUCCCCAAGACGGGGUCGGUGCUUGUGUUCCAGCAGAAUCAUCUUGCGCAUGGAGGGGACGACGUCUUUCGGGGGGUGAAGUACACCAUGAGGACGGAUGUGAUGUAUCGGCAAGUGAAGAAUUAG